UACCAAGUCGCAUUAACAUUGUGAUGCGAGGGGAAAAUGGUGACUUUGGGGCUAGGCCAUCGGUGGUAGCCAUUGCUAACGCCGAGUGUAAAACAAGCAGCAAGGAGCAAUCUUACCUCGUCGAGCUGUCCAAACUCUGUUCGAGCAUAUCCAUGAAGGUUGCAGUUUCAAAACGCGAUAUCCAGCGACACUGAUAUAUAUAGGGAGAUGGAAGUGCUGAUCACGGGGACAAACACACGGGUCAUGUGAGGAAGACAGUCCAGGACACGUGAGGUAGCCGUCGGGCGAGGAGCUAAAAUGGAGGCCGCUGCGGAGCCCGGGGACGUCUUCUCUCGACGACCUCUCGCUUCGCCUCUUCUCCGACCACAGCGGGGUGUAUUUCGUGGAUUUGAACGGGAUACGUCUGGGGGUUUGAAAUUGAUUCGGGAUGUAGUAUCGUCGGAGCAACGAUUCGGGGCUGGUUUUUGGUUGUUGUGGUGUUGUCUACUUGUGUCUCCGGGUUUUUCUCUGUGGCUCCGUAACGUUUCCCGACGGCUCGUUUGGCGGCUGCUGGCGGGCGGUAGCGAGCUCUAAAAUAUGGAGUGGAGUCUGCUGUUGAUUAGCUGGAAAAAAUAGCCAUGUAAUCCUCCAAUGUGUGCUCGUAUGUAAUUGUUAUAGUCCAUGCGACCUAUACAAACGCUAGUUAUGAAGACAUUGGAUACAAAUUAGGGUAUUAAAAAUCGAUUUAAAGUAAGAUGCACUUUUUGAUGUGGUCAUUAAAACACUGACGGACACAAUUUGGUUGUUCAACAUUUUGAAGUCAAUCACUGUUGGUUUAUUUGAUCGAACUUGGACAGGUUGGAAAUAGUCUUCCAUCCAAAACAGUGUUGCUUUCGAGCCCUUUGCCCAGGUGACCAAGGAGAUCCAAUCCGGGUUUUCCACCGGACCACAUGACAGCCUCUGCUUCCACUCGUUGUUCAGCGCAGACACGAUGCAGGAUAUCGGGGAUUUUCAGAACUCACCCUCACGAUCGCUUCACAAUUACGCCUUAAAUAUGGUCGUUUUAUUCAAUCGAUGAACCUUGUAUUAGAGCAGAUUUGCCUAUCAUGUAACGCAUAGCUUCUGCGAGCAUCUUUCCGUUACGCACGCACGAUUCAUCCCCCUUUCUCCUCCCCUGAUACCGGCUAUUAUUCUGUUGAAAAUUUACUGAACACAAACAGCACCUACAAAUUGCAUGUGAAUGUCAUUUAUAAUAAACUAACCACAAAUUAUUAGCGAACAUCCAAAUAAAAAAACAAGACAAUUAAAAAGAGACCGCGUUACGAUGAACGCCAAACGUCCAACAUUCUCUUAUAAUUGUUCUCGUAUGGAGAAGUUGAUUCAGGGAAACACAAACUCCCCCAGUCAACCAUUGUAGGUCUACAUAUAGCCUACACCCAAGACUAUAUAACUAUAUUGGGAGAACAUGUAUAUAGAUAAAUAUAACUGAGACUAUAAAUGUAAUGCUGUGUGUGUGUGUCAGUAUUGAUUCACAUUCUAUUCAUACAUACAUCAAGAUUAUUGAUACAUUUAUUAAUUGCAGCCUUGGCCUCAUUCAGAGCAGACACAACACGAGUAAAGGAGUGAAACACUACCCACAAAGUCUAGAGGGCACAAAUUAAUCAUAAGACUGGCCUUGGGCAAUGUUUGGACUGUGUUGGCAACUCUCCUGCAUAGAAACGGAUGCAAUCUAUAACAAUCAAAGGUUACUUAGUCAUACAGAUAUGAAAGGGUGUAGAUAGAUGAGAUAUGGUGCGAGAAAAAAGGGGAAGAGAGACAGAGAGAGAGAGAGAGAAAAAAAAAAUAGUGAGGAAUUGAGGACCAGUAGCCUACGCAGACUGAAACGGAGAAGGCCUGCCUCCCUCUCUCCUCCCAUCUCAUUCUUUCCUAUAUGGGCACGGAGACAGUGGCUCUUAGUCAGCUCAGUCUCAGAGGCUGUUAAAGGGUUAGAGAGAGUUACAGUCAGAGCACCCGGUGAGAAGGUCCCAACUGGAAUAAUCGGGAACAUCUCACAUCUCUAUACAUCUCCAGCGCCUACUUGUGUCGUUUGACUUCAGAUCCACAGGGACCAUGGCAACGCCGGUGAAGAACACACCCAGGGGUGUGAGCUCCCCGCUCUCCCCCAACCGCAUCACCCGUCUGCAGGAGAAGGACGACCUGUGCAACCUCAACGACCGGCUGGCCGUCUACAUCGACAAGGUGCGCUCGCUGGAGUCGGAGAACGCCGGCCUGCGCCUGCGCAUCACCGAGUCCGAGUCGGAGGUGACCCGCGAGCUGGGGGGCAUGAAGGCGGCGUACGAGACGGAGCUGGCGGACGCCCGGCAGACCCUGGACUCGGUGGCCAAGGAGCGGGCGCGCCUGCAGCUGGAGCUCAGCAAGGUGCGGGAGGACUACAAGGAGCUGAAGGCCAGGAACACCAAGAAGGAGUCGGACCUGGCCACGGCCCUGCUGCGGCUGAAGGACCUGGAGGCGCUGAUGAACUCCAAGGACGCCUCGCUCACCACCGCGCUGGGCGAGAAACGCAACCUGGAGGCCGAGGUCCGCGACCUCAAGGCCCAGAUCGCCAAGUUGGAGGCCAGUUUGGCCGACGCCAGGAAGCAACUGCAGGACGAGAUGCUCAGGAGGGUGGAUGGGGAGAACCGCAUUCAGACCCUGAAGGAGGAACUGGACUUCCAGAAGAGUAUUUACUCAGAGGAGCUGAGGGAGACGAAGCGGCGGCACGAGUCCCGCGUGGUGGAGGUGGACAACGGGCUCCAGCAGGACUUUGAGAGCAAGCUGUCGGACGCCCUGACGGAGAUGAGGUCCCAGCACGAGCUCCAGGUCAAGAUGUACAAGGAAGAGCUGGAGAAGACCUACAACUCCAAGCUGGAGAACGCGCGCCAGUCGGCGGAUCGGAGCAGCCACCUGGUGGGGGCGGCCCACGAGGAGCUCCAGCAGACACGCGUCCGCCUGGAGUCCAUGUCCAGCCAGCUUAGCCAGCUGCAGAAAGAGCUGGCCUCGCGGGAGGCCCGGGUGAGGGAGCUGGAGGCGGCGCUGGCCCGGGAGCGCGACACCAGCCGCCGCCUGCUGGGCGAGAAGGAGCGCGAGAUGGCCGAGAUGAGGCAGAAGAUGCAGCAGCAGCUGGACGAGUACCAGGAGCUGCUGGACGUCAAGCUGGCCCUGGACAUGGAGAUCUGCGCCUAUAGGAAGCUGCUGGAGGGCGAGGAGGAGAGGCUGCGGCUCUCCCCCAGCCCCCCGCCGACCAGGGUGACCAGCCGCAUCAUCUCCGGCUCCGGGGGCGGGGCCGGCUCGGCCGCCUCCCUCUCCCGCACGGUGCACUGCAGCGCCCAGAGCUCCUCGGCCAAGCGGCGGCGCGCCAACGACACGGACAGCGAGGCGUCCAGCUUCGCGGGCGGUCCCGCCGUCAGGACCCGCGUCACCCAGCAGGCCUCGGCCAGCGGCCGCGUCACCGUGGACGAGGUCGACCAGGAGGGCAAGUUCGUCAAGCUGAGCAACAAGGCGGAUGAGGACCAGAACCUGGGUAACUGGCAGGUGAAGCGUCAGGUGGGGACCGCCCCUGCCAUCGCCUUCAAGUUCCCCGCUAAGUUCACCUUGAAGGCCGGCCAGAGGGUCACGAUCUGGUCCUCUACAGGCGGUGGAACAAACAGCCCUCCGUCUGACCUGGUGUGGAAGAACCAAACCACCUGGGGAACUGGAGACCAGUUCCAGACCACCCUGAUCAACGCCAAUGGAGAUGAAAUGGCAAUGAGGAAGGUCACCCGCACGCAGUUUGAUGAAGACGACGAGGACAUGGUGGCCCACAGCACCUGUGCGGACGGAGAGUACAACCUGCGCAGCCGCACCGUGGUGUGUGGCUCGUGUGGCCAGUCGCCGGACAAGUCCCCCCACUGCUCGGUGACCUCCGCUUCCCGCUCUUUCCGCAGCGGCGGGAUCUCCGAGGGCCUGCUCCCCCACUCCUACGUCGUCAGCAGCAGCACACCUCGCAAGGGCGGAAUCCGAGGGGAGAACUGUCCAAUCAUGUGAGCCCAUGGAACCACCUGGAAGCAUCGACACGCCCCUUUAGAGCUGGAUGAAAACAGCAUACCUUGUUUUAUAUAACUAUCAAGACAAUGUAUACCUUAAAAGACCUUACAUUAUGCUAUUAUCAUAACCAUAUGCAUGCGUGACGUAUCUGUGACUAAGGAAAUAAUGUGGGUCUCUUGUCAGUUAUGUUGAGGCAGAGGGAAGUAGAAUGAGCUCAAACCACAUUGUGCCUCUCUGUUACUUACUUCUACUUUGAUACGUAGUUACCACUAAUUUUUUAUUCCUUUGUAUUCCUAACAGACGUACAGGAAAGUGACAAAGUGAUAGUAGUCGUAUAGUAGUGGAUUUCCUUUUGUACUGUAGCUUGAGGGUAAGCUAGUUAGGCUUAGUAGAGUUACCCUCUGAACUGCUCUGUAUUUUCUUAAUUUCCAAAUGAUUUGUUAUGACUAUAGACAACAUGAAGACUAUUUUCCCAGGGGCACCAUUUAUCAAUAAACUUGAAUAUGUUUACGGAAUCCAUUUUCCCCCACUAGAAUAUUUUUUUGGACAAUAAAAACAUUUUUCAAUAAAUAUUUGUGUCCUGGACUCUGUUGGAUGCUUUC